GAAAAGAGUUUGUAUGUAACGUUUGGUUCAAAUUAUAAGAUUAUUAAUUUUGGCCUAAUAAUAAUUGUUUAUUGGAACAAAUUGUUAAAAAAAAAUAUUGAAAUAUUUUAUUAAAGGACUGCGUGAAAUGGAAUCCAAAUUACCUAAACCAUCUGGGUUGAAGAAGCCUACAACUCUAAGUACAAAACCAAUUUUACCGACGGACAGGUUAAAAUCAAAUUCAGUGAUUUUAAAACAAUUUUCAGAAUGUUUGCCUCUAAGCAGAGACUUGACUAAUUUAAAUCAAAGAGUAAAUACAAAAGCUUUAAGGGCGGGAUCUCCCGAGCUUCCGAAGAAGAAUGCUUCAGAACGUAUAAGAUUAAGGAGGAGUCGUUCUGUCUGCGAUCUUCGAGAUAUUAAAGACAUAUCAAGACCCCUCAAAAGGCAUGAACAAGUUUUACCUGACAUUCCAGCGAAAGUUGCACGCUUUGGAACCAUAAAUACAGCUGCUACAAAGAAGCUUGUUAACAUUUCAAACAUGUCAAAAACCAAAAACGAAAAAAUGAAUUCACUAACAAACAAAAAAGCUAUAUUAAACAAGACCAGUAGUACAUCAUUAACAAAUAAAGCCCCAAAUAAAUCAACAACUGUUGUAACUUUAAAUAAAAAAAUCCCAGCUUAUGAUUAUAAAGCUCGAUUUGCAGAUUUAUUGGAAAAACAUAAAGUUCUUAAAGAAAAAUUCGAAACUGCAAAAGAACAGCUUGGUAAUUUAGACAGUCUGCCGGAGAAAUAUGAGGAGUCUCAAAAUCAAAUUUUUGAAUUAGAAACUGAACUACAUCGUGAGAGAACUCAAUUACAAUGUUUACAACAGCAAAAUAAUGCACAAACAGUAAAAAUAAAUUGCUUAACAAAAAAUCUUGGCGAUAUCACUAGAGAUUACGAGCAAAUAAAAAAGGAAUUCGAAACUAAUUCGAAACAACUUGAAUUAAUAACAAAAGAAGUAACAGAGCUACGUAGCAGCAAUAAAGAUCUUGCAGAAAACGUUGACUUUUUAACUCAUGAAUUAGAAAUCAAUGUAGAGCAGUUGUUCCGCUACAACAUGGAAAGAAAAGAGCUUCAUAACACAAUUAUGGAUUUAAGGGGUAAUAUACGAGUAUUUUGUAGAGUAAGACCGCCACUUGAAAAUGAAAGUGAACAACUUCUUUGUGGUUGGAAUUAUUUAGAUGAAUGUUCUUUAGAAAUAACUAAUUUGGAUUUUGCAAAUUCAAGUGUAAAAAAUAAGAUUGCUACAAAUGGGUUUACUUUCGACCACGUCUUUCAUCCUCGAUCUACACAAGAGGAUGUCUUUGAAAUGGUAUCACCUUUAAUUCAGUCUGCUUUAGAUGGAUACAAUAUAUGUAUUUUUGCUUAUGGCCAAACUGGUAGUGGAAAAACUUAUACAAUGGAUGGAGUUUCAGAUAAUCCAGGAAUAAUCCCGAGAACAGUUGAUUUGCUAUUUAAGUCUAUUGAGCAAUAUAAACGACUUGGAUGGGUUUAUGAAAUAAAAGCAACAUUCUUAGAAAUAUAUAACGAGGUACUGUAUGACCUUUUAAGUAAUGAACAAAAAGAUAUGGAAAUUCGAAUGGUAAAAAACAGCAAAAACGAUAUUUAUGUAAGUAAUAUAACGGAAGAACAUGUAACAAAUGCUUAUCACUUAAAGCAAUUAAUGAUAAUUGCUAAACAAAAUCGGGCUACUGCAGCCACAGUUGGUAAUGAAAGAUCAUCUCGUUCACAUGCUGUGACAAGGAUUGAUCUGAUUGGUAAUCAUGAGAAAAAAUCUGAAAUUUCUAUUGGAACUAUAAAUUUAGUGGAUUUAGCUGGAUCUGAGAGUCCAAAGACAAGUAUAAGGAUGACAGAAACGAAAAAUAUUAAUCGUUCUCUAAGCGAGUUAACAAACGUAAUUUUGGCAUUACUUCAAAAGCAGGAUUAUAUACCUUAUAGAAAUUCCAAGCUAACCCACUUGCUAAUGCCAAGUUUAGGCGGUAAUUCUAAAACCUUGAUGUUCAUUAAUGUAUCACCAUUGCAAGACUGCUAUGUUGAAUCUGUAAAAUCAUUAAGGUUUGCUCAAUCAGUGAAUUCUUGUAAAUUAGCAAAAGCGAAGAAGAAUAGAUUUUUAAAUGUAUCGGGCUCUCUAUAAAU